UUCAAAUCAACCUCAAAACCCUCACCGCUCAGGAACAACGAACAAUUUGCGAAGAUUCACACACAUGCAGAGACCUCAGAGUGUUGCUGCGGAUAUUUCCUCUUUUCAAGCCCUUCACAAGGAAAAACACAUCACAUCUUCAUCUACUAUCAUUACUUUGGUGUUGAGAGUAUAACUGAUUGUGACGCUUGCUCUGAAGUGUAAAGAUGGCUACAUCAGAAGAUUACUCUGUUAUAACUCAGGAGGAGCUGGAAGAUCUUAAAGAAUUGAUAUCUACUCAGGAUCUGUCAUCAGCUGUUGACACCAUCAAACAUUUCCUCGACCAGCAAGAUCGUGUAGAACUUAAUAUUGCUGUGACGGGGGAAUCUGGUUCUGGAAAGUCCACAUUUAUCAAUGCUUUUAGGGGUUUGAGAGAUGAAGAUGAAGACGAGGAUUCAGCUGAAACUGGUGAAGUGGAGACUACUAAAAAACCCAAAGCUUACAAACACCCAAAAUAUGAAAAUGUGAAAUUCUGGGAUCUUCCUGGAAUCGGAACACCAAAGUUCAAAGCUCAUGAGUAUCUUGAACACGUUCAGUUUGAGCGCUAUGAUUUUUUCAUCAUCAUCGCUUCAGAUCGUUUCAGAAAAUACCACACUGACCUGGUCAAAGAGAUCAAGAGAACGAAGAAGAAUUUCUAUUUUAUUCGUUCCAAGAUUGACUCCAGUAUUGAUGCUGCAAAGCGAAGAAAAAACUUUAAUGAGAAAAAGACGCUGGACAACAUACGAGAGGACUGUGUCAACGGUCUGAGAGAGAUCGGUGUAGAGGAUCCUGUUGUGUUCUUGAUUUCUGGUUGGUAUUUCAACAAGUAUGAUUUUAAUUCACUGCAUGAGAGGAUAAAGUCUGAUCUCCCACAACACAAGAGACAUGUGCUGAUGUUGACUUUACCAAAUAUCAUAACGGAGAUUAUUGAGAGAAAGAAGAAAUCUCUAGAGAAAGACAUUUUAAGUGUAGCUUUUUUAUCUGCUAGUGCGGCUGCAGUUCCUGUUCCUGGUCUUUCAGUUGCUGUAGAUAUAGGUCUCUUAGUAAAUGAGACACUAAAGUACAAGACUGCAUUUGGUCUGGAUGAUGAAUCUCUGAAGAAGAUCAGUGAAAGAUCUGGGAAGAGUAUUGAGUUUCUAAUGAGUGUGAUGACAUCAGUUGUGCGUGAAGGAAUAACUACUGCUUCAAUGAUCCAUCUGCUGAAACAAAGCUCUCUUUAUGUGACAGAAGAAGCUGUUGAGCGUGUUGUUAGUUUUAUACCCAUGAUAGGCCAAGCUGUGGCUGGAGGAUUGUCUUUUCUGGCAGUUUCAUACAUGCUGAAGAAAAUACUGAAAGAAAUAGCUGAAGAUGCCAAGAAUGUGCUUCUGGCAUCAAUGUAAUUAAAUCAGACAGAUUUUAGGCUCCAGUAGCUUCAUUUCUUCCAGCGUUCAUCACUGUUCUAUUGUUCUGCACUGUUUGGGGGUACUUACAUUUUUUUUUGCUAACUUUUAAUAUAUAUUAGAAUUGUAAUAAUCAAUAUGACUCUAAUUUGAUUUACAUACCUUUAUAAUAGUAAAAUAAUCUGACAAUAAUAAAAUGGAGUGGUGGUGGUGUAGUGGGCUAAAGCACAUAACUGGUAAUCAGAAGGUUGCUGGUUUGAUCCCCACAGCCACCACCAUUGUGUCCUUGAGUAAGGCACUUAACUCCAGGUUGCUCCGGGGGGAUUGUCCCUGUAAUAAGUGCUCUGUAUAAUACAUUGGUACUCAGGAGGUUGCUGGUUCGAUCCCCACAGCCACCACCAUUGUGUCCUUGAGUAAGACACUUAACUCCAGGUUGCUCCGGGGGGAUUGUCCCUGUAAUAAGUGCUCUGUAAGUCCCUUUGGAUAAAAGCAUCUGCCAAAUGCAUAAAUAAAAUUAGAGUAUAACUCGAAUAAGUAUAAAUGUGAGGAAUUCUGACAUUUUUAAUGGUUAUUUUUUAAACUUGUUAAACAGUUAUUGUGUAACUGCUUUUAUUCACAGAACUGUGUUGAUUUAUGUGUACAUGAUCAUAUACUCCAAUAAUUAUAGAGGAAUAAUUCAUCCAGUGAAACUUGUUUAUAAAUGGGAUAGUUAUCUGUUCAUAUAAAUGUUGGGCUUUAUUAUCAGAUGUUUCUUUAUUUGUCUUUCUAUUGUGUAUUUUUUUA